AUGGCGAAUCGUACGGAUCCAGCAGCGAAGAGCAUAAGAGGAACAAAUCCUCAGAACCUAGUGGAAAAAAUUCUCCGCUCAAAGAUCUAUCAGAACACCUAUUGGGAGGAACAAUGUUUCGGUUUAACGGCGGAGACCUUAUUCGACAAGGCCAUGGAACUCGACCACCUCGACGGCACCUACGGUGGCAACCGCAAACCCACUCCCUUCAUGUGCCUUAUCAUGAAAAUGCUCCAGAUUCAGCCUGAGAAAGAAAUCGUCAUCGAGUUUAUAAAAAACGAUGAUUACAAAUAUUCAUCGUAUGUGAGGAUACUUGGCGCUUUCUAUCUGCGCCUUACUGGAUUUGAUACUGAUGUGUACCAUUACCUGGAACCAUUGUAUAAUGAUUACAGAAAGCUAAGGCGAAAAUUAGCUGACGGACAGUUUGCUUUGACACAUGUUGAUGAGGUCAUUGAUGAACUUCUCACAACUGAUUAUUCCUGUGAUAUUGCUAUGCCGCGCAUCAAGAAAAGGUGGACUCUUGAAUCUCUUGGUUCAUUAGAACCUAGACAAAGUGCACUUGAAGAGGAUUUUGAGGAGGAAAAGGAGAAUGAGGAUAAUGAACAACCUGCCGAUGAGCUAGAAGAUAAAACCCACGAGAAGGAUUAUUAUCGUGGGCGAAGCCCUACAAGGGAAAGAGAUAGGGAUAGAAGACGGGAAAGUCAUCGACACAGGGAUCGCGACUAUGACAGAGAAUAUGAUAGAGAUUAUGACAGAGAGCGUGCAUGUGGCCGAGAUAGAGACAGAGAUAGGGAAAAGGAAAGGGACAGAGAUAGGGAGAGGGACAGAGACCGAUAUUGUGUGAGGGAAGAAAAGGAUUAUGGUCGUGAGAGAGAGGGUAGGGAGCGAGAGAGGAGAGACAGAGAUCGCGACCGUGGUAGGAGGAGGAGCUACUCAAGGAGUCGAAGUAGAAGCAGGGAUCACAAGGAACAUGAUGGUGGGGACUACAGGAAGAGACAUGCCCGAAGUAGCGUUAGUCCUAGAAGACAUGGAGAUGGAGCUGAGGAUGGGGAGCCAAAUAGGAAGAAGGAGAAGAAAGAAAAGAAGGAAAAGAAGGAUGACGGGACUGACCAUCCAGAUCCAGAGAUUGCCGAAGCAAACAGGAUACGAGCAUCACUGGGUUUGAAACCACUAAGGAUGUGA